AUGGUGCGCCUUCUCCUACACUCGGAUGCGCUGCAAAAGCUCAGAGCUCUUGAGGCUGAGCUCGACAGGGCGCCCGGCUCUUCUCGGCCUAGCGCAGUUAUCGCUGAAGCCAGGCUAGCUCUGAAUCGGGUACUCGGCAGAAGCAUUGGGGAGGAUAAGGAUGAGAGCUACGAGCAGGCUCAACGUCUUCCGGAAGGAGUCAUGACACAUGACGAGCUUGUGAGAAUACAGCAGACCUGGGCAGAGGCGCCUCGCUUGAAUGACCUUGUGCGGGGUGCACAGGUGUGGUUUCCGCCCAAGAAGGCGUUCGUCAGGUCUCCUGAACUGGAGGCCACCCUCGCACGCAUCCGCCUAGAGCAUGAGCGCUCCUCCUAUGCCUCCAUGGUCUCCCCGUUCUCCGCUUCUCAUCCUACUCCUGCUGCCGGAUCUGCGUCCGUAAGCGAUGGCAGACAAGAAGAAAUGGAAUGGCAGGAAGUGCGUAGCCAGAUCAGUGCGCUGGCCAACAUCGCCCUGAGCGGUGUGGCAGUAGGCGUGGCGACUUGGUGGAGCAGUGGGCAGUACACAGCUCUGGAAGUGAAAGUACUCCUUACGGCUGUCACGUCUAUUGGUAUCAUCGUGAUCGAAGCCUUCCUCUACGCUCGACACUUUGAACGGACAAAGCGGAGCAAGGAAGCCAGGGCUCAAGGACUCAAAGGCCGCCUGACCAAGGGCGAACAAGUCGUUGUUCUUGGUCCACCAGUCGAGGAAAAGAGAAACACGUGA